UCUUAAGUUUUGGUGACUUAUUUUUUUUUGGCUAGUAUUAUCAGCUUUAUACAGAAACACAAAUUGGGUUCCUUUGGGGUCAUUUCAUUUUUGUCAAAUACUCUCUGCUCUCAAUUUCAGGUUGUCUGAAUCUGAUUCUCACUGACCAAUGAAGAGACAGAACCAAAGCAUGAUCAAUGAGUUCAUCCUUACAGGCUUUUCAAACCUGGGGGAUCUGCAGAUCCUUCUCUUUUUUAUCUUCCUUUUGGUCUACCUGACCACCUUGACAGCCAAUGCCACCAUCAUGACCAUCAUUCGCCUGGACCAGGCUCUGCACACCCCCAUGUACUUCUUCCUUUUUGUCCUCUCCUGCUCCGAAACCUGCUACACCUUGGUCAUUGUACCCAAAAUGCUGACCAACCUGCUUUCUACAAAUCCAACUAUUUCUUUCUCUGGGUGUGCUGCCCAACUCUAUUUUUUUGUGGGCUUGGCUUGCACCAACUGUUUUCUCAUUGCUGUGAUGGGCUAUGAUCGUUACGUUGCCAUCUGCAACCCUCUCAACUAUACACUCAUUGUCAGUAGAGCCACCUGCAUGCACUUGGUUCUAGCCUCAAGCUUCUGUGGUUUCCUGAUCUCUGUGGUUGUUAAUGUCCUGGUGUUCAGUAUGCCCUUCUGUGCCUCCAAUCGAAUCAACCACUUUUUCUGUGACAUUUCCCCUGUCAUCAAAUUGGGCUGUACAGACACCAACCUGAAGGAGAAGGUCAUCUUCUUCCUCAGCAUUCUCGUAUUGCUGUUCCCCUUUGUGCUAAUCUUCAUCUCCUACGUCUUUAUUGUUUCCACCAUUCUCAAGAUCUCCUCAGUGGAGGGACAGAGAAAGGCUUUUGCUACCUGUGCCUCCCACCUGACAGUGGUCUUUGUCCACUAUGGCUGUGCUUCCUUUAUCUACUUGAGGCCCACAUCCCUGUACUCCUCAGACAAGGACCGCCUGGUAGCAGUGACCUAUACUGUGAUCACCCCACUACUCAACCCCCUUGUCUACACACUGAGAAAUAAAGAAGUGAAGACAGCUCUGAGGAAGGUCCUGAAUAGAUACUCAUUUCCAAAAACUGUAUGA